UUUUUGUUUCAGGCGCACAGUCCCAUGGAGAAGGCUGAAGAGUGGUGUUCCCCGCCUCACAGCCCAUGGACGGAGCCUCCAGUGGUGCUCACAGCUCACACUGGGGAUUGAAGCUCGGAGUCACCGCCCGGACCCACGCCAGGGCCGGGACAGGCACCGCCAUUCCUGCAGCGGCUUCUACUCCGGCCGCUCCCGCCCCGCUCGGCCCACAGAGAGCAAUGGCGGCGCCCGCGCUGAGGAGCUUCGCUGAGGUUGGCGUGACCUUUGAGGACAUUGCCCUGUACUUCUCCAGGGAGGAAUGGAGCCUCCUUGAUGAGGGUCAGAGACAGCUGUACCUGCAUGUGAUGCUGGAGAACUUUGAACUUGUAUCCUCCCUGGGUAAGACCCUCACUGUCAGAAUGACCUGGACUUGGCUUUGGGAUUUCCCAGGCCCCAUCUCCCAGGGUGUGCUGUGUCCUCCCAUGUAG